AGCCGCUCAGCUCCAAGUGAGUCACGCCCUCCUCCUUUUCGCUUAGCGAAGCAAAACUCCACGCGCGCCAUGCCGUGCCUGUUCAUCGUAGCUCUCCUCGGCUCCCAGUGUUUGGUGUUUGCCUCCCUGGUGGAGACGGCCAGCUUGAUGCAGUCGAGGCUCCGCGGAUCUAAGACUGCGGAGACAUCCAUAAGCUCCACAGAGGUCCUCUUCGAGGAGCCAAAGGGCAAGACAGUCCCGAACUUUGCACGCUUCAGUGACGACGACGAGUCUUGCACGACUCAAGGCCUCAGCCCUGGGGUGUGCGCCCUCUCAUCCUUAGCGCGGCCCACCUUGGCCAGCCACAGGCUGCGAAAGGUCGCGGGCGACUGUGAUGAGAAGGAAAGCCAAGAAAGGCUGGAGCGCGCUCUGGUGGCAGAGAUCGAGGCCGGCCUGGCGGGGAAUCACAGCGCCUUCAACGCGCAGCGGCUCCAAGUGCUGCAGAAGGAGCUGCAGCCUCUCUACGCCACCCUGCCGCACGAGGUGCCUCUGGCGGACAUCGAGGGCGGCCUGGGCUUGUCAUCGGCACGUUACCUGCUGCAUCAGUACUUCCUGCGGACGCACUCCUGGUACGUGCGCGGAUUGAACCCCGCUGGGGAUGGCCGCCAGCCUCCUGAGCACAAGGAGGCGCUGCGGAGCCGCGUGGCCGGGCACCUGCUGGAGGUCUUGGAGCGGAAGGUGGGUGGCCAGGGACUGAACCUCCAGACGCUGGCUGUCUUCGUCGCUACGCUUGAGCAUCUUCUGCACGGGGACGAGCGCCAACGGCUGAAGCAAAGCUGGGCAGUGCAUGACUUGGAUUUGCAGGAUGUGACAGAUGCAGUGGGUCUGCAAAGCGUCCUGGAGGUCUUCAUGGCCCAUUUCGUGUACUCCAGCCAGAAGUCGGACUCCGGCUACGCGCUGACGCUGGCCAAGGGCCGGGAGGAGGUGAGCUUCGUGGCGCGGGUCUAUGACGGCUGGAGGAGUGUCCACGAAGCCAUCCGCGAAGGGGUGAAGAAGCAGAUUUCAGCGGCAGGCGCCGACCUGGGCUUUUCCUCCGCCGCCGCGGUGGCCGACGAGGUCUUGGAGUCCUUCAGAACGGUGUCCGGCUCAAUUUGCCGCGACAUGGUGUCCUCGCUGGCGCAGAUGCCCGGCGGCGCGGACGGCGCUGUGCCACUGGCGGAGAUGCGGAAGAAGGACGGUGAGACGACGGACUAUUUGCGCGCCGCCAACGCCCUGGAUGAGUCCAAUGCGCAGAAGCCGGUAGUGCUGGUGGCAAACUACAUGUUGGGCCCCUCAAACUGCGACGGGACCACCAGCUUCUACGACCUUUGCUGCCCUGACGCCUGCGCAGGCCACCGCGCGGAGUUGGAGCGCGCCUUGGCGGAGAAGCGGUCCAUGGAGGACGUGGAGCGGCUGGUGCUGCAGCGAGGCGGCAGGUUUGCCUCUGAGCUUCGAGGGCUCCUGGAGGACGGCCAGGCACUGCACGGGCGCGAGGUCUCCAUGUGGCUGCACCAGGCCUUCCCGCUGCAGUGCCCUCGCCCGGCGGUCAGCGGCUUCCUGGGGGAAAGCUCCGCCGUGCCCGACGCGAAGGCGGAGUUCCAGGCCACGGCGCAGGUUGGAUCCCUCUUCGAAUGGUGAGCUGUCUCCAUCGAGACUGCAACUGCGAUCGAUUUUCAAAGAAAACG